CAUCGUUUAGCAAACCAUGUCUGCAUCUUUUCUUUUCGCAAUUCAGACUCGGCGCAUAGGUAGUACGUAUAAAAAACAGCUUUCGUCAGGAACAAACUCGCAAUAUUCUUAAAUGAUCCAUAGUUUUUGUUCUACAUCCGAUAUCCUGUAAGCAUGCAUGCUUUACUUCGUAACCCGGUGAAGGAAACCCCGCCACAGCCACAUAACUUGGCUGCAUGCACCAUGUCCCCGUCCCCGUCCCCGUCCCCCUCUUCAGCUGAGCUCGCCAGGCUGUGACUUUGCAUCAGCAUUCCUCAAAUCUAAGACGGACAGGCGCUCUUGCCGCAUCCGUUUCUAGCAAUGCCGUGGCAAAGGGUACCUUUGAUGAUUUUCUCGGAAUUCUUCCCCAAUUCGACAUCAGGAACCCGCCCAGACAUGUCUAACAACGAAAACGUCUGUGUCGGUUGUAAGCAUUCGAUCGCGGACGAAACGAUCAAAGGGGACUUUACCCUGAGACAUGACGCAUUUCGGAUUGAAUUCGAAGAAACCGUCGUGGGAGCAAGGUCUGGGUGCCGAAACUGCGCUCUCAUCCUCGAUGCUAUCACCACUUCUGUUGGGAAUGAACACCCAAAUUCGACCAGAAAAUCAUUCUGGAUUUUGAGUUUACCACGCAAUCAACAACUUACAAUUAUGUUGGGCGAUGGUAUCGAGAUCUUCCGUUCCAAUUACCAUCCACAAGGUUCUGAGCGUCGCAGAUUGGAUAUAUGGAACGUCAAGGAGUUACGCGCACUCUCUGGCGAUACAUCCUCCCAACAAACCUUUCGUGUGAUUCAGGACUGGAGGACUAGUUGUAUGGAGCAUCACGAGCAGUGUAUGCAACGGGUGGUCAGUCCACUACCUAAGAGAAUCCUCGAGAUCGGGGCUACUCGUAUAUACCUUAGAGAGCAACCUAGCAGUCCAGCUUCAUACGCUUGUCUUAGUCAUUGUUGGGGGCCGCAUGGCCCGGCUCUCCAGUUGAAAGCUGAUACUUUGGAGUAUCUGAAUAAGGGUUUUGUAACAUCCGAUCUGCCUCAGACGUUCCGAGAUGCCGUGGAGGUCUGUCGUCGUCUACAAAUCCGCUACAUUUGGAUUGAUGCACUAUGCAUUCUUCAAGACAACGAAGAGGACUGGAAAGAAGCUGCUGCCACGAUGGCCAGUAUCUACGAAAAUUCGCACAUCACUAUUGCAGCUACCGCUAGCCAGGACAGUGACGGCGGUUUAUUCUCUCAUCGGCCUGCAGUGAGACGUCUGAACAAGCAUCCGUACCUGUGCGUCCGGACUUCAAUAGACAGCUUCCCAAUGAAAUCCAUGGGUAUUCCGCCGAAUUCAAUGCCACUGCUAACCCGCGCCUGGGUGUACCAAGAACGAAGGCUAUCAACCCGCACCAUACAUUUUGGGAAAGGACAGGUGUACUGGGAGUGCCAGUCUCAAUUUGCCUCUGAGGAUGCUGGCGAAGACCGGAUCUGGCAAACGCACGGCGAAGAUCGAGGCCACUUUUGGGAAGUAGAUUGGGGAGAUCAAACUCUCAACGCCAGUAAGCAUUGGCAGAAGAUGGUCAUGGAGUACACCGCCCUGCGACUGACCUACGAGAGCGAUCGUUUGCCUGCUAUUGCGGCCUUGGGGGAAAGAACGUCGAAACUGCGGAAAGCAGACGACGUCUAUAUCUCGGGAAUGUGGAAGAAUAGCAUACUUGCAGACCUUUUGUGGGAACUGAAUUGGAAAUCUCGCAGACCGCGCCCCACCCAGAUGGUCCCUUCUUGGUCUUGGGCAUCAACGCAGAGCUUAGGGAUUAUGUGGGACUCUACUAUUAAAUUCCCCGAACGAACCAAAGUCGUCAGCUUGGAGUAUACUGCUAUUGGUGCCGCCAAUCUUGGAAAAGUCAUCGACGCUAGCAUCACCUUGAGCGUACCCGUUUUGAACUUGACUGCCGCAGAUGAGCUUGUUCCAGCUGAUAUCAAUGGUCUUAAUAAUCACGAGCGCUUCGAGGACAUCUUCAAGUCAACUUCGUUCGAGCAACUAUUCAGACAAUAUGGCCUGAGUGUUAAAUCGAGUGCCUUUAAAAACGACUACGACUUGACCACCGCCAAUCCCCCAAAUAUCUAUGGACGUAACAUAAAGCUCUUGGUUGCGAGGUAUCGCGAUGUUUAUUUGAGCGGAAUCGUCAUUCAGCGAACAACCGAGAAUGCCGAGAAGUACGAGAGGAUAGGUUUUCUUUCUGUUUGCAUGGAAACGACCAAAUCCGGAGUCUUGGAGCAGAACGAUGGAGAUUUGGAAGAAAGUGACGAGUAUCGUCAAGAGAAAAUUGGAGAGACGAAAGAAGGAAUAGACAGCCUAAUAAUGGCAUUGCCGAUGGAAGAGGUGAAAAUUGUGUAAACAUUUACUAUGCAAUUAGUCAUGAGCACGUAGUUAUCGUCUUGUUCACUACGAAAUGUAGGCUACCUAUACUUAGGAUUGUGAACAGAAAUAUCCGACUAGGCUUGUUGUCC